AGGCGCCCAAACUGUCUACGUUAAAUUCUUGAGGCCCACCUUAUUGACCUACCAGGGAGAUAUUGACACUGGCAUUAAUAGAUUUGGGAGAAAAGCUGAAAUCUAUAUCAAGGAAGCGGUCAAUGCCUCAUCUUCUGUUGAAUAA